GUAAUAUCGGUAGCCCAAAUUUCGCAGGCCGACCAUAGAUAUCAGAUGCGCAUUGCCGGGGGUCGAACCCCGGACCAUGUGCAUUGUCGGCGAGAGUCCUAACCACUGGGCCACCGACGUGACUCAACGAUAAAUUAUUGAGACUGUCUGGCUAGGCCUGACGAUUGUUCAAGACGUUGAUUUGACAGUGUCAUGAAUAUUCGGAGUAAUUCCGCAAUAUUGUGCCUAAGAUGUAGACUGACACUUUUUCAGGUGUUCUCUCAUGAUUGCAAUGUUAUUAACCUUGUAAUACCUCGCCCACAUUAAGUGCUCGUCUCUAUGUGUGUCUGUUUCUUCUCAUCGCCCACCCUGGCGUCAAGUGGUAUAUUCCUAUCAUUUUUUGAAGGUAUUGUGAUUUCUAUAUAACCUAUGGAUGAAAACGUGAACGUCUCAUUUCAUGGUGCUAUUUGUGGUUCCAAAGACAUAUGGUAAUUUUGAUGUGUACGGCGUAGUUUUAGGCAGUUGUUUUGAGGAAAAUGGAUGAUUGUUAAAUAUUUACAUCCGUGUCACUGCAUACUAUAUGGAAUGUUACUGUGAAGUGUUACUCUCACCAAUAUGCCAAUGGCAAGAAGUGCAGGAAUCCCUUGACCAAUUUACCCCCAAAUUUUCGAAUUCUUUCUGUAGUUACGCCGUAUUUAGAUUAUGGGCUCACUGCUCGUAUCCUAUAUAUCAAAAUCAAAUUCUUGUGCAUAUCCAUUAACAUUACGAAACCUUCCAUAGCCGUUGUUCUAAGAUUUGUUUCACUCUUUAGGUCAUAACCUACAGUCUCUUCUAAACCUUGAUAGUCAGCAAAGCUACUUAUUGGGUAAUCGUGCAUGUUUUUUAAGUCAUAUGUGCAAGUACACAAUAGUUUCGAAGACUAUUGCUCACACUUUUCAACCAAUAAUCAUCUUUAAUCUUCAUGCUAAGUAGGUUGGUUAUUUUCAUUUGUAUUGUUAGUAUGUCCUAUGCAUUUGACGACUAAUCCUUCUGUCAGCAUAAGUACAUCGAUCAGGGUUCUCUUUGCCGAACCCCUUUAUAUAAUAUAUGUACUGUCUCCGAACUCAGAUGAGCGGAGCUGUUGGUGUAGUAACGAGGGCACAUUUGAUGGUAAAAGUAUUCAGUCUAUUCCAAGUACAAAUUUGGAAAUUCGGAUUUAUCAUUAAGAAUAAACCCAAAAUGUCGAUCCACAUAAGUUUAAAAGAAUCUCCAAUGUCAAAUCAAGUAGAAUUUGACUCAACGCUGAUACAGUGAACAUUAGUAAGACCGGCAUCCAAGCGAAACAAAUUUGAGCAAAUACAAUUGUUAAAGGUUAGGAUGUAAAAAACGAAUCACAACGUGAACGUCCAUCAGCAACUAAUUUAUUUAAAUACUUAAGUAUUCCUCCUAUAAAUAAUUAUUAAAAAUUUACGAACUUCACUUACUUGCAAAAAUGAAUUUCUAAUAACGCUUAGUUUGACGUUAAAAUCUUUGGAGGUGGAAAUUCAAACUUUGAAAGCAAUAAAAGUAUCAGAGGUGAAUGUUUCUUCCUAAAAUUAUUUCUCUCGACAAACUUAAGCAAAGCAAGGAGAACACAUUAAGUGGGAUAAAUUGACGUCGUUUUACUUGCAUCUGACAAGAACUAACGAAGUAUAAUUGUUAUUGAAGUGCUUUCGGUAUGACUCAUAUAAUAAAACAACGUCGGUGGCACAGCGGUAGAAUGCUCGCCAACCACGCCACACGUGGUUCGGGGUUCGAUCGUUGGCCACUGGACGCACUCCCAUACCUUGCUAUGCUCGUGGUAAGACUGGUAGCUAGGGAAGGUUGGGUAUGAGGCUAGCAACCUCAUCCCAUAAAAAUUAAUACCACUGCUACCGAAACUCCAAGCUCUAGCUUCAAGCCCUAUAUUCCACUUGGAACGUAAAAGAAUAUAUAUAUAUAUAUAUAUAUAUAUAUAUAUAUUAAAACAUUAAACUUCUAUUUCAUAAUUCAUGAAUAACCCCCAUCUAGGCAUUAAUGGAAACAAAACACGUAGUUCAGCGAAGUCUCUUUUCGGCGAAUUCAUUAUCUUAGCUGUACAAUGUCAAAUAUAUGUAUAGGUUAUUUUGUCUGUAUGUGCACAUUAAGUUUGUCAAACAAAAAUACAAUUGGUUAUGGUUAUUUUAACUAAAGGGUAUGAGAAUUAUUAAGUUUUGGGUGGAGUUACGCAGUACAAAAACUGUCAAGAAAACUGGUUGCUAAUGGAACUAGGGUAUAACAAAGGUAAUAAUAUGAAUAGUUUGAUGAUUAAGUUGUACUCAGAAUGCACAUAGAAACAAAGUGGAGGAUAUUAAAUUAUAAGCAAUUAGAGAAACAAGAAAACAGACAAAAUUAGUUCAUCAAAAAUCAGCAAAGUUGUCACAUGAUAGUAGAAGCGGUUGAGUGAUUCUCUUUUGUAUGCACAGCUCCGGUUUUCUGUGUGAAUGGCCAGAGCUUCAACGAUACAAAGAAGAUGAAACCCUAUUGCCUUUGGUAGGCUAUUCUUGGCUCUGUAGAUUACUUUGAAGGAGGCAUUCGUUGAGAUGGAAUAAUCAGUGUUAACCAGGUGUUAAAUUAUCGCACUCCUUAUUGCACCACUAUUGCCUUUUAUCAACCAUGCUGGAUAGUGCUCUUCAAUCCUCUCGGACAGGGUGCGCGUCGAACGGCUGAUGUACCUGGCUCCACAGCAGCAGGUGAACUGAUGUAUACACAUAGAAGUGGUCAGAUGCAGGAUGUUGUCCUUGAGGUCUCUUCAGAUCAGAGGGCGACUGGAAGACACUAUGCUUAGCGUUUGUUGCAAAGAAUGUUCUUCUCAAAGAUGAUGCUAUCCUUCUCUUGAGAAUAUCGUUUGUUAAAUUUCGCUUGAAAUCCAAAUUCAUGGAAAGCUUCUCUUUCGGCACAAAUGAAGUUUCAUUUCUUCAAAUUCUUGGUUUGAUAUUUUUUUAUCAAUGAAUCUUAUUGGGUAUCCAUUUUGGAUGAAGAUUUCUCUCAAAAGGUCUUAUUCUGUUUCUAGAAUAUCGGGACUACAGACGCGUCGGAUGUGAGUGGCAGGGGAUUUAAUUUAAUUCCGCUUUCUGUUUCAUGAACAACUAAUGUUCAAUAGUAGUUACUCCAAUGCAGUUUGCAAAAGUAAUUAAGUAUAGAUGUGCACAAAUCCAAUCACUUACACUUUUCAAUUCACAUCGAACUCUGUCAACUGCAUCUCAACUAUUCAGACACAAUCAACCAAGAUAUCGUGAAGCUAAAGUCACUGUCAAUGAAAGAUCAAAAAGUCGAAGAGAUGCAGCACGUGAAUUAUUGAUAAAGACAAAUCGAAGUAAAUGGGAAAAAGAGAUAGCCCAGUUAGAGCUUUUAAGCGGUCGCCUGCCAACGUCUAAUAUCUACUUAAUGUCACAAUUUGAAACAAAGAAACACAGUUUGUCUGAGGCUAUUGAGCUGCUACGUGAAAGUGCUCAUCCAGACAUGUAUGAUUGUAUGGAUAAUACAGUUUCUGUUAAGGUAACACUAAACAUGUGUACAAAGAAAAAGACGAAGUUUAUCAAUAAAUUUGAGCAUUAUAUUGUUCUACCAAACAUACUGACUUUCCUUCCGAAAAGCCGAGUUUUAGCCGUGUGUCAAGAUACAGAUAAUCCAGAAGAGUGUUUAAAUGCAGGCGCAUUCGAUGCUGGUGGAUCAAAGCUUAUUCAACGCUUAGGACAAGGAUAUUAUCAUUGGGGAGAAUAUGAUUCUGUUGUGGCACAUCCAAGUUGGGAAAGUCAUCUAUUUAAAUUACGACAUAUAUUGAAAGAAAAAUUACCAACCACAAAAAAUGGUAAAAUAGGUGAAGAUUUAGUCAGUCUUUGUUCCACAUACUCGAAUGGUGUGAAAUUGGCUUCGUCGUCUAUUGAUGGAAUUCCAGAAAUUGCAUUUUUGGACUUAGUUUUGGGUCAGCUGUCGUGGGAUGUCAGUCAAUUGGAGGAGAAUUUACGUUGUUAUUUAGACUGUAUUGAAUCAGAAAAGUCGAAUCGUAUCAGCGGUAAUUUCAUUAAAUCGGGUGAAAUUCAUUGUGCCCCUACCGGUGAAAGAUUUCUUUUGGAUAUCUCUCUGUACUAUACCCCUGUUAGUCAAAGUAGAUCUAAAAGUUCUCGCAGUGAACAUGAUGAUGAUGAUGGUGGUGAAGCUGAUGAUGAGGACGGUAAUAUCAAUGGAGUUGGAGCAAAGGAACAAACUGUUAAAGAAUCACGUAUAUGAAUUGUCUGAUGUAUCGGUUAUUCAUAGCAUUAUCUUGUAAUAUGAUGUAAAUAGUGCCUAUAAAACAAUUUUUAUAUCUCUGAUUGAUUAGUUUUGAACAUUUUAUGGUAUAAUUUGGUGGAUGGUGGUGGUGGUGGUGGUGGUGACUAGCAGCAGCUGCUUUUUUGAGCAUCAUUCAUCACCAUCUUCCUUCUUUUGUC